CUUGAAAAUUCACCGAAAUAUAUUGAAAUUUCAUGUCAUUACAUGGGAAUUUUCGGGAAUAUCACCGAAAUUCCAUGUUUUUAGUUGGAAAUUCCUCGGCAUUCCACUUGUGGAAUUUUCUGGAAUUUUACUAAAGUUCAGUAAGAACUGAAAUUUCAUGUUGGGAAUUUCGGUGGAAGUUCAUAUAAUUGUUUAGAAUUCCUCCAUGCGAUUAAUUUAGGAGUCCGUGUAAUUCGAUCGAAAUGUCACUGAAAUUUCAUGUAAUUCGAGAGGAACUAAAAUUUAAUAUGAACUCUAUGGAAACUCCGCAAAAAUUUCACAUGUAGGUAAUUCCUUUUUCAGAACAACAUAAUUCUACAGAAAUUCCUCGAAAUUCCAGUAAAUUAUGGAAUUCUGAGAGACUUAACAGAUUUUUGGGGAUUCCAAAGAAUUUUUGGGAAUUUCAAGGAAAAUAUUUUUUAGGAAUGUUGAUGAUUUUAUGAGAUUUUGCAGGAUUUUUUUAAUUUUAAUGCAGUUUUGUUAGAUUUUGUGCAAUUUCAAGAGAUUUUGUGGGAUUUUGUUAAAUUUUUAAGGAUUUCAAAGAUUUUUAGGGAUUUUGAGUAGAUUUUAUGAGAUUUUCUGGGAUUUUGACCAAGUUGUACACAGAUUUUGACCAGUUAACCACCCCUCGGAGAAAACUUACUUAAUAUUACCCUCCUUUAACCUGUUAUAUUUGGGAAUUUUUAACAAAUUGUGGGUUUACUUUAUUGGAAUCAGUAAAACUUGAGGAUGAACAAGCAUUUUAAUAGACGGAUUUUCUGAUUUUUAUUGAAGCUUUUAUGGAUAAGUAUUUCUCUUUAGGUACCACAUCAGGGACAAAACUGAAAAGUGUAUCAGUGAGAUGAAGUGAUUAUUGAAAGGGUGUAAGAGUCUCUAAGAUAAAUAGGUACCUCAUACCAACCUCAGUCAAUUUAGGGUGUAAGAGUCUCUAAGAUUAAUAGGUAGCUCAUACCAACUUCAGUCAAUUUUAAUAUCUAAUAAUUAUGUAGUAUUUUCUCUAGGAUCGAGGAAACUUUUUUAGAAUUGCAGUUUUGAAAAGAUUCAGACGAUUUUUAUUGAAUAGCCAUUAUUUCAAAUCAUGAGAAAACACUUUUUUUUCCUAAACAUCAUCAUAAAUAAACAAAUUUAGCACACAAAAUAGUCAAAAUGAGAUCAAUUUAUCAAAACAAACUGAAAACUCAGCCGGAAUUAUGAGAUAAGGCUUUUUCUCUCAAACUUAUGCAAAGAAACAUUCAUAUUUGGGUUUUUCUCCAUCAACGACAAACAAGCUAAUAUCGCACAAAUCUCGCGAGAAAACCCUCGCUGACGUGACCCUGGUUUUCCUAUUCAGGCUUCAGGGCCAAACAAAAUAUUUGUAUGUAGAUUAUUCAUGUAAAUUUCUCCGACAAUUUAUUGCUUGAUAAUCUUUGAUAUUUAUCUGUGAAAAAACAUACAAAUCUAAAAUCUAUUUUGUUCUAAUCUCUUUGUAAUCCUGUAAUCAAGUUUUCUUUUAUAGAGAUUAUAAAGAAUUGAAAUUUUAUCAUAUUUUAUUAAUUAGGACAGAAAUUCGACAGAUUAGGGUUUAGAUAUUGUUUUAGAUUUCUUUUUCAUAUUCAAAAGGUCUGUUUGAUAUUCAAACUAGUUUUCUGACUGUUUCCGACUGUUUUCAACCAAUGAAAUUCGCUCUGACUCAGAGUUUGUCAUUUCGGUAGAAACAGACCUAAUGAUUGAAGCACUGUUGUCAAGUCUAGUGAAAUUUCACUGGAUAUACUUAGUGAUUUUUUUCAACCUAGUCGCUUAGCGAAAUUUUUUAUUAAAAUGCCUUUUUUCUCAUCCAAAUUAUAAUUUUCUGAAUAAUUUGUGCUUAGUUGAAUAGUUAAAAACUUGUUGUGUGUUUGGGCAAUAAAUAAAUAUUAUUGAAAAAUAUUAUAAAAACACUGAAUACCUACUUCGUCUCUUUGCCAGUACUUAUCUUUUCGUUCUUAUCAACUACUACAUUUUAUCUCCCUCUCUGGUAUGUUUUUGUGAGGUGUUUACUUACGAAUUAUUGAGAUUAAAAUUAAAUUAUCCUUAUAUUGCAAUUAAAGAGAAGAAAGUUAACAUUAUUCAGUUCUGUGGAUGCUUUAUUUUCAAAGUAAUACCAACUAGCAUAUGGUACAUGAUACCUCGAUUUAUUAUAAAAUGGACGAAGAUAGACUACCGUUGUUAAUGAAAAAGACUUUUGAAUAUAAAUCAUUUUCUACUCACAUAGACCAUGAGGAUUUGUUGAAUCAAAAUAAUCCGGAUUUACAUAUUGCUAGACCAAUUUAUCAGAUCGAGGACCUCCACAAAGAUGCACUUUACGAAAAACCUUAUUCAACAACAAGAACCAAAGUAGCCAAAUUUUGCAAAUCUAUAGAUGUAGGAAAAUGUCUUUUAGAUACAAUACCACUAUUAAGGUGGCUGCCAGAGUACAGCUGGAAAAGAAGUUUUGGUUCGGAUAUUAUCAGUGGUAUUACAGUAGCUAUUAUGCAUAUUCCACAGGGUAUGGCAUAUGGAUUAUUAGGUAACGUCCCCCCGAUAGUCGGCAUCUAUUUGGCUUUUUUUCCGGUAUUAAUUUACUUUAUUUUUGGAACUUCCAGGCACGUUUCAAUGGGUACUUUUGCAAUCGUCUGCCUGAUGACAGGCAAAGUAGUAAGUGAACACGCAAAUUUAGAAAUAAUGCAAAAUGGUACUACAAGAUCGGUAGGAACUUCUCAUGGGCCUAAUGAAAUGCCACUGACUAACAUACAAGUAGCUACUACUGUAACAUUUACUGUAGCAAUUAUACAAGUAAUAAUGUUUGCCUUACGACUAGGCGCCGUUUCCAGUCUUCUUUCUGACAAUCUUGUAAGCGGGUUCACUUGUGCCUCCGCUUUUCACGUUGCCGCCUCACAACUUAAAGAUUUAUUAGGUUUAAAUAUUCCUAAAAGAAGAGGAAAUUUUUCGUUUGGAUAUACUCUCUACGAUGUGGUAUUAGCAAUUCCCAAAGCCAAUAUUGCUGCUGUAACUGUGACUGUGAUAGCUUGUACAAUACUUGUGAUAAAUAAUGAGUUUUUUAAGCCUUGGUUAUCAAAAAAAUGUAAAAUGCCUUUUCCAAUCGAACUAGUAGCCGUAGCAUUGGGUACAGCAGUGACAUAUUUUUCUGGCAUCAAUAUUAGUCAUAAUGUUACUACUGUGGGUUAUAUUCCUACUGGUCUUCCAGAACCCGCUUUACCAGUUUUCAGUCUUAUACCACAAAUUUGGCUAGAUGCUUUGGUUAUUACAAUGGUCUCUUAUACGAUAACCAUGUCUAUGGCUCUUAUUUUUGCUAGAAAACGAAUGUACGAAGUGGAUUCUAAUCAAGAAUUAUUGGCUAUGGGUCUAAGUAACUGUUUCGGUUCAUUCUUCUCCUGUUUACCAGUGACAGCCUCUCUGUCGCGUUCCAUGAUCCAAGAAACUGUCGGCGGUGUAACUCAGCUGGCCAGUGUUGUUAGCUGCAUGUUAUUGCUGAUUGUAUUGCUAUGGGUCGGGCCGGUAUUUGAAACUUUACCACGAUGCGUUUUAGCCAGCAUCAUUAUUGUUGCUUUGAAGGGAAUGUUGCUUCAAGUGAAAAACUUACCCCUCUAUUGGCACCUGAGCAGAUGGGACGCCUUUGUAUGGUCGGUUACUUUCUUUGUAACUCUAUUUGCUCAAAUCAGUGUCGGUUUAGUAGCAGGAAUGGCCGCUUCCCUAAUCAGUGUAGCUGCUCAAGGCUUAAUGCCCAGAGCAUCGAUUUUAGGCCGUUUGGCUGGUACUGACCUGUACUUGGACAUAAAACGACACAAGGCCACUUCAGACGUUAAAGGAUUGAAAAUAAUUCAUUUUGUUGGCGGAUUGAGUUUUGCUUCCAGAGACGCAUUCAAGGAUUUGUUUGUACAAAAAGUGGGAAUAGAUGCUGCAGAUAGUUUGAGGAAAAGAGCUAAAUUGAGGGAAAAGGGAUUUGAUGUGGAUGAAGAAGAAGGGUUCAUUGCAAAAGGAAUUGUAAUUGAUUUUUCUUCUUUGACGUUUUUGGACCCUUCUGGGGUUGCGUUUCUAAGACAGCUACAGUCUGAUCUUGAGAAGUUGGGGAUUGCUUUGUAUAUUGCCGGAUGUUCAGGUCAGUCUUAUGAAGUGAUAACAAACUGUGAUAGGUGGGAGAAAAAAGACAGCAAGUUCCUUAUCUUUCCCACAGUACAUGAUGCUGUACUGUACGCUCAGUCAAAUAGUUCAUUAAACGGUGACGCCCUAUGUAAUAUUAAUAGGUAGAACAUUGUUUGGAAUGCUUAAUUUUUCUUGAAUACCAUUCUUUGUCUUAUGAAAACUUCAUUAUUUAUUUGGUAAAGACAAGAACACCAUUAGUGACUUAAAACACCCUCUCGUUUCACUGGGGCAGGAACAGUGUAAACACUUCAAAAGAAUGUUAAAUAUUUUUCGGUAGCCUAAUUGUACCAAAUACUAGUCUUUUUGUAGUUUUUAGUGUAAGUAAUUGUUGAUGUCAAUAGUUUUAAAGUUUUUAUGAUAACAUUAAUUUGAAGUUGUUGAUGUUUUGAAAUUUUAUAUUUAAUGUAUAUAAAUGUAUAUAUAGAUUUUAUGACGAAACAAUUUUAGUGAGAAAAAUAAAUAUCAACUCUAUUUUGAUCAUCCUUUAGUUUCUUUCAGUGCUCAGUGCAAAAAUAUGACCGACAUUGGUUGCCAGCAAAAGAUUGAGAUUCUUUAAAAAAACAUAGUUGUUUUUGAUUUUUUUUAAAGGAAUCUCUACUGUAGGAAUAUGCUUGCUGCAAAAAUACCAAUCAAAAUUAAAAAACAUUUAAUACAAAUUACAUAUUUACAAAAAUACCCAUCAGUUUGACACGUCCAAUAAAGAAAAAAAAUUGUCAUGCUUAUGCUAAGUCAUACCCUAAUAAAUCCUCUAAACCGUAACCAAAUAACUUAAAGUCAGGAAGAUAUUUUUUGUACAAAUGUUCAAUAUUGAAAAUAGAUAAUUGCUGAAAGUAUUCGCGUAAUUUAUCUCUUGUGUGACCGGCCCUGGUCACUGGAAAAACAAUCGGAGGCGCAUCUACCAUUUCCAGUAUUGUUUUGGAGUCUUGGGCAAGGGUUUCAUAGUGACCUAUUAUUUUUGUCAAUAAUUAAUAGAUUCACCUUAAAUAAAUUAAAAAAUUCUUACCAAUAAACGUAUAGUUCAAGGUACAAGGCAAGCACAAGUCGUAAAUUGGUGCCCAGUGUUCGUUCGAGUCCACACCUUCGUUCAAUAAGUAAGUAACAAAUUCUGGAAACGAUACAUUUGCACCAGAGUCCAAGUCAGAUUCUGUAGCAGCGGAGCGAUAUUUUUUAAUUAUAUGCUUUCCAUAUCGAGCCUGAAAUUAUUUCUAUUAUUUUUUUGAAAAAAUUCGUUUCAAUUGUUACCUGGAAAUACUUUGAGCUAGGGAUAUUAUCAGUAAAUUUAUUCCGAUAAGCAGAUAGCAAUCUUUCAAAUGGAUGUCUGGCAAUUAGGAAGAGAGUGUAUUCAUAUAGGACCUGUUUUAUUUCAGCUUCAGGCAGUUGCGAUAAUCUGAGAAGCAUAAAAAUUUUAAAAAAAUGUUCAGUCAAUAUGAUUAGUAGACCAAAUAAAGCAGCAAUGUAGUUUCUAGUCUUCUAGUGCAACAUAAAUUUGAAAAAUCUUACCUGAUUGUUGAACCAUUGAAAUGCGCCUCACUCGCUGGUAUACUGACUAGAUUACUAGCAUUGGACUGACCAGUCAGCACCAUCAUAACCCGUUUCCAAUUGGUACAUGCCACUUUGGGCACGUAACAAUACAACAAUUUGUGACUGUGGUCGACUAGGAUGUGACUCAAUUUAGACACGUCAUACGGGGUGCGUCUACUUACGCCUAAAUUGUCACAGCCUAAUGUAAGUUCCUCUUGGCGCGAAAUUUGCUCAAGCCAAGGAUACUUUUCGGUGCUACAGCACGAAUUUGACAUGAAACUGCCCAUCAUCAUCGCUACAAAAACCCAUCGCCUUUUUUCUAGCCCUAACAUAGUUGGCCUUAAUUAACAUGUCUUGGGUCUCUUGCCUUUUGUCACUCUUUUCACAAACCUUAGUUCAGA